GGUGACUCUCCACUACCUUCUCAGGAGCAACAAGGGCAGAACAAAUAAUGCUGGCCUCACCUGCACUUGUUCAUAUCACAAUAAAACAAAUUGAUUCCUACCCGAAACGUCGCCCAACCUUUUUCUCCAGAGAUGCUGCCUGACCUGCUGAGUUACUCCAGCACUUUGUGUCUAUCUUCGGUAUAAACCAGCAUCUGCAGUUUCUUACUACACAAAUUAAAUAUCCUUAUGGUUUGCUCCAAUGGCAUCUGCCAACAAUGAACUUUGGUCCUGAUUUAUUCUAAUUUUUGUAUUUGGUUGGUCAAGAUGCUAAAGAUUUGAGUAUAGGAGCAGGGAGGUUCUACUGCAGUUGUACAGGGUCUUGGUGAGACCACACCUGGAGUAUUGCGUACAGUUUUGGUCUCCAAAUCUGAGGAAGGACAUUAUUGCCAUAGAGGGAGUGCAGAGACGGUUCACCAGACUGAUUCCUGGGAUGUCAGGACUGUCUUAUGACGAAAGACUGGAUAGACUUGGUUUAUACUCUCUAGAAUUUAGGAGAUUGAGAGGGGAUCUUAUAGAAACUUACAAAAUUCUUAAGGGGUUGGACAGGCUAGAUGCAGGAAGAUUGUUCCCGAUGUUAGGGAAGUCCAGGACAAGGGGUCACAGUUUAAGGAUAAGGGGGAAAUCCUUUAAAACCGAGAUGAGAAGAACUUUUUUCACACACAGAGAGUGGUGAAUCUCUGGAACUCUCUGCCACAGAGGGUAGUUGAGGCCAGUUCAUUGGCUAUAUUUAAGAGGGAGUUAGAUGUGGCCCUUGUGGCUAAGGGGAUCAGGGGGUAUGGAGAGAAGGCAGGUAUGGGAUACUGAGUUGGAUGAUCAGCCAUGAUCAUAUUGAAUGGCGGUGCAGGCUCGAAGGGCCGAAUGGCCUACUCCUGCACCUAAUUUCUAUGUUUCUAUGUUUCUAUUAUUUUAUGAUACCUGUAUCUUCCAUUUUCCAUCCUCCUGACAACAUUAAUAAGCAUGUUCUCCCUUAUAUCAAAUGCUGACAGACGCAAUUUGGAAAACUAGACCUUCGGUAUCUCAAUUGAUGGCCACUUCUGGAAAAAUGAUCGUUUUGAAGAGAUAAGUUGAAUAAUUUCUGCUGCAAUGUGAACGGUUACAGCAUGAAUGAUAGAUCAGAGAACACAAUUUGUAUUAUGCAAUCCACUUUGGCUAUAUCAUAAUCACAAGAACCUGUUUGAUUCUAUGCUCCGAAUGUAGUGAAGGCAACCACACUAAUUGCGUUUUAUGAAGAAAUUUAAAAAAAAUCAUAAACAUUUUAUAUAACUCUGCAGACCAAAAUCAAUCUUUCUAUAAUCAAUCUAACAUUGAUUUAAAUUGUUUAUUGGCAAUAUAAACAGUUAGAGUGGUAAAGAAGGUGUAUGUUAUGCUAGGCUUCAUUGGUUGAGGCAUUAAAUAUAAGAGUCUGGAAGUCAUGAUGUAGCUCUAUGUCUUUAGUUAGGCCUCAUUUGGAGUAUUGUGUACAGUUCAGGUCACCCCAUUACAGGAAGGAUAUGGAGGCUUUGGAGACAGUGCAGAAGCGAUUUACCAGAAUGCUGACUGAAUUAGGGGGAGCAUUCUGAAGAAGAAAUUGGACAAACCUGGAUUGUUUUCACUAGAAAGUCAGAGGUUGAGAGGAUAGAAGUAUAUAAAAUUAUGAGGCAUUGAUAAGGUAGAUGGUCAGAGCAUUUUUUUCUCAUGGUAAAUGUCAAAUACCAGAAGGCAUAACAUUAAGGUGAAAGGGGUAAAGUUUAAAGGAGAUGUGCUGGGCGUUUUUUUACACAGAGACCUGGGUGUCUGGUACCAGCUGUGAAUAUGGGUCAUUUGCAGGCAGAUGAGAUUAGUUUAUUUUGGCAUUAUGUUGGGCACAGACAUUUUAGGUCUAACGGUCUUUUCCUAUGCUACACUGUUCUAUGUUUAUAUACUUUCUAUAUUUAACGAUUAAUGCAAGGUUGAAAUUGUAAGUGUAAGACGUUGAUUGGAAAUUCCCGUGACUUGGAAGAUUACAUGUCACCUGCCUACAUACCACAACAUCAACUUUCACAUCUAUGUGGUCGUGAGGUGCUGUAAAAUAUUCAAUAAUUUGAAAAGGGAAGGUACUUACACUCUUGAAUACGACGUGACUGUGCGAAGCUUGUUUACACUGAGAACAUGGAGAACGUGUCCAGGAUAGGAUGUGCCGUCUGGUUAACUACUGUGGUAAUUUUCCUGACUCUACAAGGGUGUGUCGGCACGGAAAUAAUUGGGGGCCGUAAAGUUAAACCUCACUCCAGACCAUACAUGGUGUCCAUCCAGGCUAAUAAACACCACGUUUGUGGUGGAGCUUUGAUCGCGCGUAGAUGGGUUCUAACUGCAGCGCACUGUGAACAAUAUAGUCGAAUAACACUAUCCAAAGUGGUUCUUGGAGCACAUUCACUUUCUAGGAAACAAGAAAGGAAAACGACAAUUGCAGUGAUAAAGAUGGUUCCUUACCCGGACUUUAACUCAAAAACUCCAGAAAACGACAUCAUGCUGGUUCAGUUGGCCCGUGACGCUGUUCUGAACAAGUACGUGUCCACUUUGAAACUUCCCAAAUCAACAAAAGAUGUCAAAGCUGGAACCAAGUGCAGUGUUGCCGGAUGGGGAACAACAAAUUCUUUAGUCCUGAAAGCAUCUGAUAUCCUGAGGGAAGUAAAUUUAACCAUCAUUGAUCGGAAAGUCUGCAAUAGUAAAAAAUACUAUGACUUCAGCCCUUACAUAACAAAGGACAUGUUAUGCGUUGGUGAUGCUGAAGCAAGAAAGGAUUCAUGUGCGGGAGAUUCUGGUGGUCCAUUAAUAUGUAUAAAGCAGGGGAAAAAGAAAGAGUACACUGGCAUUGUUUCAGCUGGAGCAGACUGUGGAGUUCCCACUGAACCUGGUAUCUACACCCGCUUAUCUGAGAAAUACCUUAGGUGGAUAAAGGCGAUUAUAAGGAUCAAAAACCAUAAUACAACAAAGGAGCAGAACUAGUUGUUUCCUCUGCAUGUGAUUUGAAAUGUCUUUCUCUUUAAUUCUGUUACGGUUUCCUUUAAAUAGCUUCAUAAACAUUUUGCAUUUUUCCAUGUUGUCUAACAGAAACAUUUCCAUAUCAUUAUAAAAUUAUGAAUCGUGAAGUUGCUAAGAACAUGUAUUGGCUGGAUAGUCUUUGAAAUAAUGAAAUGUAGUCCCCUGGCAGAGUUGAUUAUUUUUCAUAUGAGAUGCUUAUUAGUGAAAAUCUUUCCUGCUCCUUGUACAUUAUUUAACUGUAAUAAAACUUUAUUGAAAUUGCCAACUAAGUCAAUUGAAAUUUGCAGUGCUAUGGAGAGAAGAUAGGGUGUGUGAAUAAUUACUUGAAAACAAGCCCUUUGGCCCAACUCGUUCAGGCUCACCAAGUUGCCUAACCAAACUUUUCCCACUUGCCAAUGCCUCUCCAAACCUUUCUAACCAUGUACCAAGUGACUUUAUAAGGU